AUGCUGCUGAGAAUUGUCUGCCAUAUGCUGGCUGCAGUGGCGCUGGAAGAUACGUUCUUGGAGGACGAAUGCAUGGACUCGGACUCCACCGACUCAUCCUGCAGCCUAGUGGCCAUGCAGCUACGUGGACAGAAGUUGAGUGUUGCGGGAACAGCACGCGAUAAGGACGUGCUCCACGAGACGGAGAAUGAUCGUCAACCGUACCUGUGCAUGUACUAUCCCUGGCUUCCUCAGUGCAUGCAUCCUCAAGUAAACUAUGCACCACCCCCGAUGCCACCGAUGUAUCCGAUGUACAAUCCGACCUACAGACCGGUCCCAUACUAUGCGCCGGUCCCAGCACCAUACGUCCCGCCACAGGCCACUGCACCUGUGCCUAGCAUGCCGACAUACCACCCACCGCAGCCGAUGCCCGCGAGCACGAGGCUGGGGCGGCGUGGCGGGCUCGACCCGCCCACAACUGUGAAGACCCACAAUGGUGCAUCCUGGGAAACCAUGAGGAUCGCUGGAACCGAUACGAAGCACAUUUUCGCUCUGGGAGACUGGGGUUCCCUGCUAGGCGUUGGAUCAGGUGCACCGAAAGCCAUCAUCCAGUACAAAGGUGGCCACACACCAGGCCCACAUACUAUGGCGAGACAUCGAGGUCCAGGAUGCAGCACCAAAGAGAUGACCGGCUGUUUCGGCGCUACUGCAGUGUGUCCAACAAACUGCCACUUCAGUCCUGAAAUUGAUCUGCAUGCGCAAACGCUGGUCGCGACGCAAAUGAAGAAGCGAGCGCCUGAAAGCAAUCCUGACUUUGUGUUGAACGUCGGUGACAAUUUCUAUUGGGGUGGCAUCGAGACAGAAUGUGGCCAUCCAAUGAGCCAGAUCCAUCCCCAAACCCAGGCCCAGUUCAAGGUGAUUUUCGAGGACAUCUACAAGGGACCUGGCCUGGAUGGAAAGCCCUGGUUGAGUGUCUUCGGCAACCACGAUCUGGGAGGAUUCCAGUUCAACAAGGCCUGGGACCAGCAGAUCGCUUACACGUUUGCCAGUGAUCGCUGGAGGCUUCCAGCUAUGUACUGGAUGCAGCGAGUGGAGUAUACAGACCAAAACUUCGCAGCGGAGUUCUUGAUGAUUGACAGCAAUGCGAUGGAUGUCAAGCCUUACGAUGCAGAUCCAGAGCACAACCUGUGCGGACGCCUGCACAACCCCACGGGUGCUUCUUGUGCCGCGACGGGUGGGCCGAAGGACCUUUCGGAGUGCUUUCGCUGGUUCUGGGACCUUUGGAGCAAAGAGCAGAAGCCUUGGGUCGAGCAGAAGCUUCAAGCGUCUGACGCCGACUGGCAGAUUAUAAUAACUCACUUCCAAUGUGGCACACAGGCAGAAUGGUUUAAACGACUACGCCAGAAGUUUGGCCUCGAUCUGCUGGUGACUGGGCACACACAUACCCAGCAAGUCUUCCACAACUCCGGCUUGCUUGGAGGCAUGACCUGCUUUAUUACUGGAGGUGGUGGAGGCAUUGUCUCGGAGGGUGACGCCACUCCCUACAGGAGCAGUCAGUAUGGAGACACCCUGGACAUUGUGCACCGUAUCCUUCGCGAGUCCUUACGCCGCAUGGCCAACUUCUCAAUUUCAGAGCUGAAACAGUUGAAUGCAGCCUGUGUUCGUGCCGGAAUCGCUGACCCGUGCCUUGCAGAGACUUCCGGACUUUUCGACGCAGAUUUUUCUGCCUCCUCGCUCAGAGGUACCUUGAACGGGCUCGAAGAAGAAGAUUUCCCAAGGCUUUGCGAAACGAGCUUCGAGAAGCUUCGCAAGCGGAGUGAUCAGCAAGAGCUGGCCGUUGUGCAUGACCUGCCGGAGCCACAUGAACAGCUGCCGCCCGAUGUGUUCCCUGUGCCAUUCAUCUAUGUGUGCAAGUUCAAUGCGCGCUGCGAGCUGGACUUGAAACAGAUCGCAUUUGGGAUUCGGCAUGCCGAGUACAAUCCCCGCAAGCAUAGCAGCAUCACGGUACGUCUUUUCAACCCUCGUGUCACUGCUUUGAUCCGUGCGAGUGGCGCAAUAACGCUGUCUGCAAACGCAGGCUGCGCUUCAGAGGAUGACUUGAAGAGGUCAGCGAAAAAGCUGGCCAGGCUGAUUCAAAGGUGUGGACAUGACGGUGCAAAGUUUGCUGAUUUCGCCGUUACCAGCAUCCUUUGUAAGGCCACCCUCGGAUUUCCCGUUCGCCUGGAUGUGCUGGCGUCCAGGUUCCGCAAGAACGCUCUUUACGAGCCAGAGUUCUUCUGCAGCUGUGUAUUUCGCACACGACAGUCAGCUUCUUACAGCCUCCGAGCCGAUCGAGAAGCUUUUGCACGGAAAGGGAGAAGCACACAAAAGGUGUCGCACCUGCCACAAAAAGCUCACAGAAAAAGAGACCCGGCCCUCAAGAAGAAGCAAGGCAAGCUGAAAAGAGAGAGAGCCUGGGAGAAGAGAAAGAGCCAAUACACUUGCAUUCAAUCGUUGGGGGGACUCAAUCCGUCUUUCACGCUCCUCCAAUGCCCAAUAGCAAGUGGGGGGCCCAAGAGGCUGGGGGGUUUUGACAUGCCCUUAACUAAUGCCCUGACGAAGAAGAGAAAGAGGAACCAGUGCGCAGCGAUGCGCCGGGGUAGCGUGGACCCACGUGUGAAGGCUCUGCUCUGGGAUAGGACGGGGGCAGAUCUUGCACUGAUGUUGCAACCCGGGGACAGAUGA